UCUACUGAAGAAUUCGGCGAGUUCUUUCAGUGGGCACUGGUUUUCUUCAAUCUGUACGAAAUGCAUUAAUAUUCUGGCAAGCAGAUACAAAAUUGAACUCCCUUGACUGGAAAGUCUUAUGGGAAGGACAUACACCGCAGCCAAUCCGAGGCAUAGAUCAGUCUCACAGUAUCCACAACAGAAAAUGCAAGCGUCUUCCAUCCCAUCAAACCUUUCUCAAGAAAUCGUACACACGGCUUUCGGGGAGUGUACUGUACCUACAAGUAACACGAAAACAUCAAUAACAGACAAUCGAUCCACAUUGGUCAUGACAUCCUGUAGUUCUCAAUGGUCGCUUUCACGCGCCAUUACCACAGAAUGUCUCAAAGCCCUUCAAGCAGCGCGAACACGACCUAGCGAGCGACCACCAAUGCCAAUCUGCGAUUGCCUGGCCCUUGCUAAUGCACUGUGUUGCAAUACUUGAUUCCCGGACAGCGUUUUAAUUCCCGUCCCUCAGAGUGGUUCAUCCAAGAGAAAACGGUCGCUAGAUCUGGAAGUCGAAGUCGGCUUCUAAUUUUAGGCGCACCAAUGACUCCGAAUGUAGAAAC